GGCCGCGUCCCCGGCGUGUGAGCAUGCCGCGCCGGGAGGAGGAGGAAUUCCUCGGCCGGGCCGGGGGAGGUUCGCACUGGAGUUAGCGCCGGGCAGGGAGGAAGAGCGAGCGCUGCCGGAAGCGGCGGAGCGGCGGCGGCGCUGGGAGCCCGCGGUGUCCCGCGGACAGCGAUGUAGCUGGGUGACAGCGGCCGGAGCGCGCCGCCUCCGCUGCCAGCGGGCCGGUGCGGCGGGUCGGGAGCUUCUCCGGGGAGGCAGCAGCCGCGCCUCGUCUCGCCGCUCCCCUGCUUUCCCCUCUGCCCUCGGCGCCGUCUCUCGGCGCGGCCCUCCCUCCGUUCCUCCCUCCCUUCCUCCCUCCGUCCGCCGCCGGCCGGGGGGCUGCGGGCGCCACCGCUGCCAUGGGGCUGCCCACGCUGGAGUUCAGCGACUCCUACUUGGACAGCCCGGAUUUCAGGGAGCGCCUCAAGUGUCACGAGAUCGAGCUGGAGAGGACGAACAAGUUCAUCAAGGAGCUGAUUAAGGACGGAAGCCUCCUCAUCGGGGCCCUGCGAAAUUUAUCCAUGGCAGUACAAAAAUUUUCACAGUCUUUACAAGAUUUUCAGUUUGAGUGUAUUGGAGAUGCUGAAACUGAUGAUGAAAUUAAUAUUGCCCAGUCAUUGAAGGAGUUUGCUCGGCUUCUGAUUGCUGUUGAAGAGGAGAGAAGACGACUGAUCCAGAAUGCUAAUGAUGUGCUAAUAGCACCGCUGGAGAAGUUUCGAAAAGAGCAAAUAGGAGCAGCAAAAGAUGGGAAGAAGAAGUUUGACAAGGAAAGUGAGAAAUAUUAUUCCAUCUUAGAGAAGCACUUAAAUUUGUCAGCCAAGAAGAAAGAAUCUCAUUUGCAAGAUGCAGAUACACAGAUUGACAGAGAACAUCAGAACUUUUAUGAAGCCUCAUUAGAAUAUGUUUUUAAAAUACAAGAAGUACAAGAGAAAAAGAAAUUUGAAUUUGUAGAACCUCUCUUGGCCUUUCUUCAAGGAUUAUUUACGUUUUACCAUGAAGGAUAUGAACUGGCUCAGGAGUUUGCACCAUACAAGCAGCAACUGCAGUUCAAUUUGCAAAAUACUCGCAAUAACUUCGAAAGCACUAGGCAAGAAGUGGAGAGACUCAUGCAGAGAAUGAAGUCAGCCAAUCAAGAUUACAGACCACCAAGUCAAUGGACAAUGGAAGGCUAUCUCUAUGUGCAGGAGAAACGACCCCUUGGAUUUACAUGGGUUAAACAUUACUGCACUUACGACAAAGGAACAAAAACUUUUACAAUGAGUAUAGCUGAAACAAAAUCUGGUGGAAAAGUGAAUGGCCUUGUCACAAGCUCACCAGAAAUAUUCAAGCUAAAAUCUUGCAUCAGGAGAAAGACAGAUUCAAUUGACAAACGUUUCUGUUUUGAUAUUGAAGUAUUUGAGAGACCUGGAAUCAUUACACUACAAGCUUUUUCAGAAUCUAACCGAAAACUUUGGCUUGAAGCUAUGGAUGGAAAGGAACCAAUCUACACACUGCCAGCCAUUAUUAGCAAGAAGGAAGAAAGUAAGCUCAUUAUGUUGAGCUGCCAUAUCUUGCUAGAUUUCUUGUUCUUAAAUGAAGCGGGUUUCAACUUCGUGAGGAAAUGUAUUCAUGCUGUAGAAACAAGAGGUAUUACAAUCCUUGGGCUGUACAGAAUAGGUGGUGUAAAUUCCAAGGUGCAAAAGCUGAUGAAUACCAUAUUUUCUCCUAAAUCACCUCCUGAUAUGGAUAUUGAUAUGGAAAUUUGGGACAAUAAAACAAUAACAAGUGGACUAAAAAACUACCUCAGGUGUCUUUCAGAACCACUGAUGACUUUCAAGCUGCACAAAGAUUUCAUUGUUGCUGUUAAGUCAGAUGAUCAGAACUACAGAGUUGAGGCAGUGCAUGCACUUGUGCAUAAAUUACCAGAGAAGAACAGAGAGAUGCUGGACAUCCUUAUUAAGCACUUGGUCAAGGUAUCAUUGCACAGUCAACAAAAUCUAAUGACUGUAUCCAACCUUGGUGUUAUCUUUGGACCAACUCUGAUGAGAGCACAAGAAGAAACCGUGGCUGCUAUGAUGAACAUUAAGUUUCAGAAUAUCGUCGUUGAAAUUCUGAUAGAGCAUUAUGAAAAGAUAUUUCACACUGCACCAGAUCCCAAUAUUCCUCUUCCCCAGCCUCAGUCCCGAUCGAGUUCAAGAAGAACAAGAGCAAUUUGUCUCUCCACAGGCUCACGUAAACCCAAAGGAAGGUACACGCCAUGUCUAGCAGAUCCUGACAGUGACUCGUACAGCAGUAGCCCCGACAGCACUCCCAUGGGCAGCAUCGAAUCUCUGUCUUCUCACUCCUCUGAGCAGAACAGCACCACCAAGUGCACGCCCUCACAGCCACGGGAGAAAUCAGGAGGGAUUCCAUGGAUUGCUUCUCCAUCUUCUUCAAAUGGCCAGAAAAGUUCAGGCCUGUGGACUACAAGUCCAGAAUCCUCAUCAAAGGAGGAUGCAACCAAAACAGAUGUGGAAUCAGACUGCCAAAGUGUAGCUUCUGUCACUGGACCAGAAAAUGCCUCUCCACCAACAGACCUGACCAAAAAGAGUUCCUACAGUGUGUCUGGGCUAAAAAGGUCUUCAGCAUCUUCCCUUAGAUCAAUUCCAUCAGCUGAAGGUAGCAAAAGCUGCAGUGGAUCUAUACAGAGCUUAUCUUCAGCAGAUACCAAAGAUACACUAAAGGCUCCACCAAACCCUGAUUUGCCUCCCAAAAUGUGCAGGAGAUUAAGAUUAGAUACUGCAUCCAGUAAUGGCUAUCAAAGACCGGGAUCUGUAGUGGCUGCAAGAGCGCAGUUGUUCGAAAGUGCUGGUUCACUUAAACAAGUUUCUUCAGGACGACAAGCAAAAGCCAUGUAUUCCUGUAAGGCUGAGCAUAGUCAUGAGCUGUCUUUCCCACAGGGGGCAAUAUUUUCCAAUGUGUAUCCAUCAGUGGAACCAGGCUGGUUAAAGGCAACUUAUGAAGGCAAAACAGGACUAGUUCCUGAGAAUUAUGUUGUCUUCCUCUAGUAAUCUUUAGUGGACAGCAAUAUCUUCAUGGUAUCCAUGGUAACAAAUAAUAAGCACUAUGAUUUUUAUCUGACACAGAUAUGGGAUCAGCCCCUUAGCUGAGUGGUAGAUUUCCUUCAGAUGCUGCAGCUGCAGGUUACAGAGCUCCCUGACAACAGAACAGAAUGUGAUGAAACAGUUAACAGUUUCUGUGCUGAGGACGGUACUCUGUUUAAAUAACUUCCAUUGUUUGAAAAGGGUUGUUCUGUUCUUCCUUUAUGGGUAAGGAACUCUAGAGCAAUAAAAUAAAAAAAAAUUGCUAUUUAGCUGCAGACUUUCAGGUCUGAGGAUGUUGCUUACAGAAAUGUGAAAUUUAGAGGCAAUGCACUCUAUGACAUUUCUUAUAAUCUAUGGUUUUUAAUAUGGAAAAUCGUGGACUUUUUCAUAAUGUAAGUACUACUUCUAUUCUGAUCUGAAUUCUCCCUUAGAAAACUUGAUUCUAAAAUUGAUCCUAAUCAUUUCAUAUAAGAAACUACUUUACUGUAAAUCAGAAGUUGGGACUUCUGUUAGUCAUUGAGUUACAAUAUGGUAUAGAAUUUAUACAGCUGAUAAUAUCAGUUUAUACACUGCCUGCACAGUGAAUGCUCAUUCAAAAUGUGAUAUGUUUAAUGAAUGUUUCAUUGAAAUAUUUAGUAGAUUUCUUUCCUACUUUCUAUAUCAGCAUAGAUAAUAUUAACAACUUUUAUUUCAAUGAUAAUCAUCAUCUGGAAGAUAUUCUCUCUGUGUCCCAGAACAUCUGUGGAAAACAAGGAGAUGCUGAAUCUGGACUGAUUGGGAGUCAUGUGAAGUGAGCAGUGAAAAACAGCAGUAUGUUUUGAAACCUGAGAUAAAUUGUAACUCAUUCUUUUUUCAUUGCAAGUAAGACAAAUGACCUGUGAACUAGCCAAUUUUAUAAGCUAUGAAUGCUAAAAGCUCCAUGUAGCAGUAAAACUACUUAGUGUUAUUUCUCCUGACUUCUGCUAAAAUAUUUGACAAAGAUUCUCUCCUUCCACAGAAUAAAAAAUCCUUACUUUUCAAAGGCGUUGAAAAGACCUAUUGAUUGUUCCUGGUAGGACUGAAAAGAAAAAAUAAUAAAUAAAACCAAGUCAAAGAAAACCCCAGAAACCCUAAGUAGCUUUCUCAGUCUGAGCAGUUUUCUUGUACACCUUGAGGGAAAACAUGCACUGCUUGCGUGGCUACUUACCAUUCCUGAUUGAAAACUGUGACAUUUGACCUCCAUCUUAGUAUUUCUUCAACACCAGUGCUUCCAAAAGUAUUCACUGGUUCAUAGAACUAUCUAGGCUUAGUUUCAUAGAUAUGUCAAAGCUCAGUUCUUUCUUCAGUAGCAGAAAUCAACAUACAAACCAUCUGUUGAUUUCUAAGUUGUACACUGCUUGAAGAAAGUUUAAAGAGGAAUUGCUGUUAGGGCUAAAAACAUCAGUAAUUUUUGACUUGCUGCUUUUUUCUUUCCAUAGGCUUUUUCUUAUUUAAAUUGAAAAGUAAGAUUCAUUGCCAACACAAAGUAGCACAUCAGAACUUUCUUUACUUAUAUGUAGUGCAUUAAUUGUUCAGAGCAGUUGCUGGAUUUCAGGCUGGUGGCAGAAUCCUGCAGGAUCUUUCUCCUCACUAAUUCAAUUAUUAAGUGAUGAUCAGAGAAAGAGAGAGGCUCAAAGAACAUCUUUCCAAAAAUUGUUUUUUCAUAGAGGGAAUCUGAGCAAGACUGGCUGCAGGCAGUUGAGGACAGACCCCAGGCAUUAGUGACUGAGUGACCUGGGUUCUUUCUUCACCCUAAACAGUUUUAUUAAUCCCAAAACACAUUUCACUUCAUCUUAAAUCCAGACAGUGCCCAGUGCAUUGUGAUGAAGGGUUGUUCCAAAUGGCACUGGCAGAGAAGGCAGACUUGUGUGUGCUCAUCUAAUUUGCCCAGAGCAGAUGUGAUGGGAAGUGAAGGUCUUUCCUCAGCCAGUUGAAUCUUUCUUCAUUUUAAGGCAAGCCAAGUUUUCUUAGUCUAAGCUAUGCCUGAGACUGCCUUUGCCCUGAGAAGAUCAGCAUGGUUUUGGUUGUGUUUUUGCUGUAUUUCACAAUCAAAAAGCUGUAAGCUAUCAAAAGUUUUGCCUCUGGUGACCUUCCCAGGAAAAGUGCUGCUGCAGACCAAAAGGAACAGAAAAGGAAGCAGAACUUUGAACAGAGGCUGGGAGCCCAGCACAUCUCACACAGGCAGAAAAAUGCAGUAAUCAGGGGGGAAAAUCCCAGCUUCUGUCUCUUGCAUGGGGUCAGUAGAAAACCUGUAUUGAACAUCCUUUGAUGACUCCUCAGACUUCUUAAGGGCAAUUUAAUUGUUGUGAAAUUCUUGAGGAAUUAUGAAAUAGAAAAUGUAAAAAAUGUUUGCUCUUACUUGCUUUGUUCUAGCCUGAUUUAAAAAUAAGUGGGAAAAAAACCCUAAGCUUAGGUAAUUUCACAUCCCCUGUAUAUGUCUCACAAUUCUCCAGUACUGUGUUUUGAAAGCAGCUGAUCUGAGUGCAAGCUAGAGAAGUCAAAUAUGCCAAGUUCAUUAAAAUUUUUGUAAAAUUUCCAAGUUCAGUUACAGAUUAAGCAAGUAGAGCCUGUGAGGGGUGAGGGGAAGGUUGUAGAAAGACCUGGAGGAAUCCCUGUGGAGGAGAGGUGUUCAUGUGUUCCCACACAUUCAUCUCACAUUAGACCGAAAUUAGGAUUGGAGAAGACAACUUCAUAAGAAACUGGAUUCCAUUAAUGUGCUGCUCACAGAACAAAUCUGUGUUUUCCUCUGCAAUGCUCUGCAGCUUUGUCAGGCCCUUCUCCCAAACUAGCCAUAAAUAACUUUUAGGUCAUUUAGCUUUAAAAUGGCAUUUCAAUCUGCAAAAUGUUAUCCCCGUUCUUACUUACAGUUAGCCACUCACUCUCCAGGAGUAGGGGUUUUCAUUUUUGGAACUCUGUGGUUUUUCUUGUACUCUCCUCUGCAGCAGGUAGUAGCACUUUCUGUAGGGUCUCACUGCUGGGUUGUGGGUGCCCCAGCCCUUCCCUGCCUUUAAAGAGGGAGUCUGUCUCUACAAGAAGCUGAACAGUGAACCAGAAAGCUGAGUAAGUAGGGCUGCAAAGACUGAAGUGGGGUAGGGGGCAGCACCAAAGCUUCUCUAAUGAUGAUACUCUCAGGCCUGACCAAAAAUCUUUUCCGACAAUAGCAAAGAAACAGAAAUCCAUAUAACAUCUAAAUGGAGAUAAAGUAUUUUGAUAAUGCCUUACCAGACAAUUAGGCAAUCUGAAUUAAAUUAGUUCAUAGUAGUGAUUUACUAUUCUUCAUGGAAGUCAGACUCACUCUACAAGCAAAGGUUAAACACUUCUAAAAAUUAUUAUUAUGAUUAUUAUUAUUAUUUUUAUUACUAUCCUUCCUAAAAGGAUGCAGCAGGUUUGUUCCAAAUAUCACUGUAGAACUCAAGGUAGAUUAUACAUGGUUGUUGUUGUUUGUCUUGUAGAAAUAAUGUCUGUACCCACAACAUAUAAUUAGCCUUGUUUUUUCUUUGUUAAACAUUUUGAUACAUGUUGCAGCACAACAUGAAUCAGAUUAAUAGUGUGAAGGAUAUAUUGUAUCAUAGAUAUGUAAAAUAUAUUAAUAUUCUAUAUUCACACUUUUUGUUAAUGAUGAUAAAGAUUACAUUUUUAGUGUGUAAUUCCUUUGAGUUCAGUAUUAAAAUGUCCUUGCCAUAUUUUGGCAUUUAGAGUUAUAUGUAACAAAACUGUUAAAUUAAACCAUCAUUAUUACUUAUGUCCCUAACUAAUCUAUAAUGUUCAUUGUACAAUUAUUUCUGGAAAAAAAAGAUGCACAGAUUUGCUGACGAGCACUAUUCUAUGAUAGUAAUAGUAACUUAUUUUCCUUUUAUAUAUUUUCUGGUGCUAAUCUCUAUUCUUUGCCUGUAAUUGGAUUGAAUUGUAAUGUGCCUUCAGGAAAGACAUAUUAGGAGAGGAAAAGCUGUAAAAUUCUGUAGUUGAGAACAGUAAUUACAACAACAAAAAAAAGCACUGUAUGGUAGUAAUUGGUUUGUUUGUUGUUAACUUUUCUCCCCUGGCCUAUUUUCUACUUAAUAAGAUUUCAUCAGAAUAAAUAAUGAAACUAAAAAGCACAUUGUUCUUGAUAUUUCUUUUCCUAAAGCAGAAGGUUGUGCAAUUUUGGCUUGAGCAGCAAGAAGAGAAAUCCCAGCUGGGGAGCACAUCCUCCAGACUGGGAUGGAUCUUCUCCACUGAUGGAAACUCUCAAAGUUCUAGUGAAGUCAAAAACAGACCUUUGUCAAUUGAUAGUGAAGGUUUGCUGGCCAGAAGCCCCUAGAAAGGAGGUGGAAUAUUCUGCUAAUAUGAUAAUCUAUGACCCAGCUUGGCGUUGUCCUUUCCUUAAGCAGAGGGGCCUGGAUCAAUUGUUCAGUGGCCAGAGAUGAAAGCCAUAGGCAACCUUAGUCUCUCUCUGGCUGGUCACAGAGCCCUGAAGAUGGUGCUGCUGCAGCAGCAUCCAGCCCAUCCAGCUCCUGCUCCUGAUUAAGUCGACUGUCACUCAGGCUUUGUCUGUACCCAUUGGGAGGUCUCUUCUUUUUUUGUUUAAGAUUUUGCAUGGGCUUUGGGAGUUUGCUUUGUUUUGUUUUAGUAACAUGCUUGACAUCCGAAUUCAGUCACUGAGGAUCAUAUCUGUUCUUUAAUUGUCCUGUGUGUGGCAGUGUUUAAUAAGCCAUUACAUUAUUCUUGUUGUUUUAAGUGCAGAGCACAAUGCUCCAACCCUUGGAUGCCUCAGCUGAAAGCUGUUUUGGCUCUGAAACUUCUGCAAGUGUUUUAUUGGGAGUUGUCAUCAAAGCUCUGGCACUAAACAUAGCACCAUUAUUUCUGCAAGAGUUUCUGUUGGAGCAAAGGGCAGAACAGCUGAACGAGGCACAUGGAUAGUUUCAAUUUUCAAUCAUAUUUAUGGCAAUUUUGGAAGUAUUAGAGUUUAUAAGGGUUACUUUAGAUACUAUAUGGUAUUCUAAUAGGAAAAUAUAUACAAUCAAUAACUAUAUCUAUUUAAUAAAGUCCUACUAAAUUAUCAUAUUGAACUCUCUGUUUAUUUUGUAGUGUGGUUUCAAUAAUUAUCUGCACUCUGUAUAUAUCUACAUGUAAAUAACUAGCAUGACAUGCAUAAGCUGACUUUGCAGACAUAAUUCUAUGUUGUACUUUACACUGUAUUUCAAAAAUUUGAAAAAAUGUUUUUCAAAAUAAAAAUUCUUUAUACACAAACUGGAUUUUUAUUUGUUUUAAAUUUGGACUCUGGUUCAGCUUUUUCUUUUUUUCCAAGUAAUAACACUUUGGUUCUACUUCUAUCCAUACCUGCAUUUUAGAGUAACAUUUCAGCCCUGAGAAUGCUUUAUGUAGAUGGGCAUGUGAAUACCAGACAAUAGUCUGUCAUACAAUGUCCUGAUCACGUGGAAGUCUCCGAAGAUGUGGUUUUUGAGGAAAAGAAAAUGACAGCUUUGGAUGCUAUGUAGCAAGAAGCAGAGCCCUGGGAGGCAGAAUCUGGCUGAUGAGGUCUUUGCCUCUGGAAUUCAGCAGGUGGAUGGACUCAAGGGAGGGUCUUCCAUGGCUCCAUUCCAACAGCACUGCCAGGUGGGGGAAGCAAGGGAAUGCAGUGGCCUCUGUAAGUUCCCUUGUAUGCCCUCCCCAGCAUCUCUGCAAGACUUUUUGCCUCAGUUUUUACAGCCCAUGGGUUGGAGUUACAGCUGUGCCCCAGGAACAGGAGCUGUGAGGUGGCCUGCUUUGCCUUUUCUCUGAAGGAACUCACCAGAAACUCAGGAGACUUUAAUAUCCCUGAAGCAAUCAGG